UCAUGCGCAUUGCGGCUGCGUGACGUCACCGCCCAUCCCCAGCAGGCACGAGAGGCGCAGUUGAAGAGUUCGCGCGAGCGGGCGGCGUCGUCGGCGCUGUGAAGAGGGGGGACAACGUGGAGACAAAAAGCAACCCGAGCGGCCAGAGAACGCGGCUUUCCCCACCACCACCACCUCCUCCCUCCUCUUCUUCUUCCACGCCGAGGCGACAGUCCGUGUAUGCGCAUGUGAGCGUGUUUUUUGCCGAGUCGGGAACGAGCGAGUGAACAAGUAGGCGAGAGAGCGUACGCGCGUGUGUGCGAGCGCGUGGACGAAGCGGUGUGGGCGCGCGAGCGAGUGGGUUGAGUGGCUCUGUGAGCGGGCGAGCGCGCGCGUCCCCCCUCGGACCCUCGGCAGACAUGCCCCUGUUCGGCAAGUCCCACAAGACGCCGGCGGAGGUGGUGCGCCACCUCAAGGAGAGCCUGGCCCAGCUGGAGAAGCAGGACAAGAAGGCGGAGAAGGCAAGCGAGGAGGUGUCUAAGAGCCUGGCGGCGAUGAAGGAGAUCCUCUACGGCACGGGAGACAAGGAGCCCCAGCCGGAGGCUGUGGCUCAGCUGGCCCAGGAGCUCUACAACAGUGGCCUCAUCCCAGUGCUCAUUACACAGCUGCAGCGCAUUGACUUCGAGGGCAAGAAGGACGUGGCGCAGAUCUUCAACAAUAUUCUCCGCCGGCAGAUCGGCACUCGCUCCCCCACCGUGGAGUACAUCUGCGCCAAUCCCAGCCUGCUCUUCAUGCUGCUCAAGGGCUACGAGACGCCCGAGAUCGCGCUCAACUGCGGCAUCAUGCUGCGCGAGUGCAUCCGCCACGAGCCACUCGGCAAGAUCGUGCUGUGCUCGCCGCAGCUGUACGACUUCUUCCGCUACGUCGAGGUCUCCACCUUCGACAUCGCCUCCGACGCCUUCGCCACCUUCAAGGACUUGCUGACCAGGCACAAAAUAAUCUGCGCAGAGUUUCUGGAAGAGAAUUAUGACAAGGUGUUUGGAGAGUACGAGAAACUGCUCAACUCGGAAAACUACGUGACCAAGAGGCAAUCUCUGAAGCUCCUGGGAGAACUGCUGUUGGACAGGCACAACUUCACCAUCAUGACACGCUACAUCAGCAAGCCCGAGAACCUCAAGCUCAUGAUGAACCUGCUGCGCGACAAGAGCCGUAACAUCCAGUUCGAGGCCUUCCAUGUCUUCAAGGUGUUUGUGGCGAACCCGAACAAGCCGCAGCCCAUCCUUGACAUCCUGCUCAAGAACCAGAGCAAGCUGGUGGAGUUCCUCUCCAAGUUCCAGCAGGACCGCACGGACGACGAGCAGUUCACCGAAGAGAAGAACUACCUCAUCAAGCAGAUCCGUGAGCUCAAGAAGCCGGCGCAGUGACGAGUGCGCACGGGCGGGCGGGCGGGCGGGUGGGCGGGCGGGCGGGCGCUGGAGACGCAGGGAGGGGCAGACACGUGCGUGCGCGUGCGUGAGUGCUCGCGUGCGUGUUCGUGUGUGGGUGCGUGUGCGCGCUGACGCGGCGAUGCUGGGGGGUAAAAGUAGGGGCACCGCGCACGGGGCUGCCCCUUGCUGCUUGGCACUUCCCCCCUCGCCCCCCUCCCCCCGCAACCCUCCCACAACAGUGUGCGGUACGUGUACCACGGUGCAGUUUGCAGUACACAUACCAUAGCACAUCGCAUCACUCGCUGCCCACCCUGCAUAGUGUGCAGUGCAUGUACCGCGGCACGGCGCUCGCCCUGCGGCACACCUCGCAAUGCGUGUACACCAUAGCACGCGACACCCUGCUAGCAGAGGGCCCUCUGCAACCGCAUGGCUGCGUCGCAGUCCCCCGUACUCCUCUUCUGUACUCCUCUCCCGUACUCUCCCGACUAGCGCAGCUUUGAUUACACAGCACGGACUUCCCCCCCCCCCCCCCCCCGAGUGCAGCGUACGUCAUCUACUUUGCACCACAGCUUCUUGUAGUACUUGCCCCUGCGGCAGCAAUGGCGUGUGACGUCUGCUCCGCAGUUUGCGUAGCACCCCCCCACACCACGUUGAUUAGCUCCCUUUGCCUCCACCACAGUACACUGUGCCUUGCUGCAACGCGCACUUGAGCACAGCGCCACCCCAUGGUGCUUUAGUGCGCCGAACCCACGCCACACCGCACCACACCACACCGUACCAUGGGCGAUGCAGGCCCUAGCACGCAGCUCCCCGUGCCACUAGCCCAUGCCUGGGCGACUCAACUACGCGGUCUCAUCGGUUCCGUGGCGCUAUCGAUUCUGGUAACUGGUCAGGCAAGUUAGGUAUCGUUGAACUAUGACUCAAUUUCCAUACAGGCAGGUGCAACGUUUAAUUUCGUCCAUGAAAUUUUGCCCAAAAAAUGUUUAAUGGACUAAAGCAGCACUUAUCCAAAAAUGUGAACUGGAGACCCAGUAAAUCGUACAAACCCCUUCCAGUUGUGUGCUAUGCGAGACCGUUAAGGGAGUGAGUGCUCGUCAGUCGCCGCCUGCACUCGCCACUGAAUCGGUUCGGCACGGUUUCAUUCCCGACCGUAGCCAUGCGGGUUCCUCCGGCGCGGCUAUCGCCACCAGAAGGGGGCACACCGUUCUCACGUUAACAUCAACAAGGCUGUGACAACAAUCGACAAGAGUGGACCGCUUGCGUGCCUGCAAUCGUGACGGCCCGAAUCGAUCCCUAACUUGAGAAAGGAAACGUUAAGAAAUAUUAAACGACAUCACCAAAUUAUUCACCAUUUAUAAAGCAAAAAAAGUUAUUUUUUCACCCAAUGUCUUGGUGAAAAGAGAAGGGGUGAAUCUCGACAGCUUUUCUCGGUUGUUGGCUUGAGUCGGCUGACAGCGUGAUACGCGUACACACGUGACACGUAUUUGCACAUGAGACGUGUACAUAUGCAAUAUGUGUACGCAUGUAUCACAUGCAUGCAUGUGGUACGUGUAACGUGUGGUACGCACGCGGCGCUUGUUAACAUGCGGGAAGUACACAUGCGCGCAUACACCCAUAACGUGAACGCACGCAGCGAGGGGUGGUAACGGUCGCAGCGCGUGUCGGCGUUCAUGUCCAAAGGAGAACGUAAACAAAACUUUGAUUCCGCCUCCAGGCCCCCAAACUCCCCCCCCCCCCCCCCCCCCGAAGUUGGUUAGACCAACGUGAAUAAUCAAAUAAACUUGUCCCGAUGUUGCAUCUGGAGGGACUGGAUUGCUUUGGCUAAGAAAGGCAUGAGCCUGUGCAUGCAUCUUGAGAUAUUAAAUGCACGCGCACGUGUGCACAUGUGCGCGCGUGUGUGUAAACAAACACGGACAGUGUGGUAGCCUAGUGCAUUGCCCCACCAUGCACGUGCUGCUCCUGCUCACCACAGUAUAUAUACACUAUAUAUCUAUAUAUACUGCACAUGUACAUUGCAUAAUGUACUUGUGCAGAUAUAUUCUGUAUGUUUGUGUGUGUAUAUAUUUUGUAUACGUUUGUGCCGUUGUCAUUAACAAACUGUCUUAUAACCGAAAGAGCCAACGUGUUGGGCAAGGGUACCCUUCAGCAUGUAUUAAUUUUGUAUAUUUUAGUUAUAAGGCAGUGUUAUUAAUUACAAUGGUGCCAAAGAAAUUUGUUUCAUUUGCUACACCUCUGCUAAUGCAGUCCCUGAAAUUUUGAUGAUUCAUGUGCACACACAAUACACAUGCAGUGUUCAAUACGUUGUACAUUUUUAUGGCCGCGAGGUUUGUCAAUCAGCCACCAAUCGCUCCGUGCACCAACCUCCGUUGAUUUGAAUGCCGCGUGCUCUUAACGUGGAUUUUCAUUCACCGCCGAUGGGAUGAUCGUUGGCCGUGGCGCUGCCCUCAAUAUCCCUGGGCGCUCAAUAUCCCUGGGCUCGCAAACCCAAGAUGCGCAUCGCUGCUGCUUGCGGGUGUCGCCGAUGCCGUCACCGCUGCUACCGCCGGGCACUCGAACAUGGACUCCAGAUGCCAAUGGUGCGGCUCCCCUCACCCAUGGCACGACCUCCCCCACGGUGCAACGCAAGCAGAGCACGCGGCUCGCCAUCGCAGCGUCACGAGUUCACAUCGCCCUGUCAGCGCUCGACUAAUCCCAUCCUCAUCGUUGUGGUCGGCAUCCAGCCCCCUGCUGGGGUCAACAAAAUCGAGCGUCCACUUUAUGGGAAGCAAACAUGGUCCUUUGGAUAAGAUUGGCCCCAACCAUGGGAAUGUGGAAUUUCCAGCACUUACUCGGGACUGCUCGUUAGAGAUGAGCUUUGCCGUGACGAGCUCGCGUGAUGGCUGCUAUUAGACUAAAUACCAACGCCCCUCAGUGCUCAAAUGAGCAUCGAUCAUUGCUCGUCUGUUCUCAGGUCCGUAACCAGGAAUGGAAAUUUCACAUUUCUUUGGCCGAGGCCAAUUUAUAAGCAACUCAACCAAUACUGUGACUUACCAGCUCAAAGUAGUGCAGCCUUCUGACUAAAUGGCGCUCAUUUAUUUGACUGAUUUUGAAGGAAUGACAAUUAUGAUGAUUUAUUGGCCAGGAUAUCAACCCGUGCAGUGACUGUCAUUCGUGAGGUUGGUGCCCUAAGCACAGUCUUCCCAGCCAUGGGAUAUUAAUAGUUCGAUUAUUAACAGCACAGUCCGUAAAAUAACAUAACGUACGAGUUCUCCCAACUGAAAAGCCUUUGCCCGAUGGGUAGUUCAUGGUUGAAAAUGAAAGUACAGGUUAUAAUUGUAAAACAAAUUUUUUUCUAAGAUUCUAGAUUAAAAUCUAGGCAUUGCCGUACAAUUUAACCCGUGUUCUCAACCGUAGCCAAGGUUUGGUUUCGGCCGAUUCGCAAUAAACGCAAAUCUAGUUUUUUUUUCUCGACCUGGUUUCGAUCUGCAGGACAGCGUACGACUGCAUUUAGUUCUUGACGAGCAGCGAAUCGUUCGCCGCAGGACAUGCAUUGGGGAGGGUGCCCUUCGCAGCGUUCAAAGUAACUCGGUUAACCAUUUUUGCAUCGUCAUGUUCGGGGGGGGGGGGGGGUGGUAAGAGUGGGUGGGGACGGCCUUGACAAUUGUGACUUAUUAAGUUUCCAAAGCGAUUCUAUUAAUAGCACGAUUGAGAUAGAAUUGGUAAGGAGAGUAAAAAAAAGUGUUUAAUUGACCUUCAUCAACUGGCUACUGCGGUGCACUGAAAGCGGCGGUGCCGGCGAAGUUGUGGCAGGGGGCUAACAGCGCUGCAGCGUUCCCCCUCAGAGUGGCGGCCCGUUGCUUUGACGCCGCUUCUCCGCAGAAGCAAAGGGGGCUGGGGGCGAAGAAAUUUGUUCUCCUCAAAAACGUGACCACGGAAACAACUCCUCCCGCAAUUGUACAUUACCCCUCUCACUCGUCCGAAGCACACAUUCAUUGUUAAUGUUUUCCCGCUCUUCCUUUGUUCAUAAUGUUGAAUGAAAAACGGUCUCACAACCCUUCUAACAUUUCUGGUCAUUGUAACUAUUUAUUGGCGCAGAGUUAGUGGUGUGAUAAAGAUAAAAAAAAAAUGCAAAGCUUUUUUUUGUUGUUUUCCCGAUGAUUUUUGUUCAAUGGGUGGGGGGGAGAGGGCGGGUUUUGAAAUGUUAAUGAAAUAUAUUUCUUCUUUUAAAGUGCAUUCAAAAGAAAGGGCAGCUUUAGCUUAACAAAACAUUCUAAAGAGCUACUGAUACAAUAAUAAAACUCUGGGGCGGAGGGAGGGGGACCCACCAAGAGUGACGCCUCUCAUGUUCAUUGCAUUUCUCAUCGCGUGGCCCGGGACACAAUUUGGUAACCGCGCGCUGGUUUUUAUAGUUUUGCAAAGCUUCCACGACGGCGUGCGCAGUGUUUCCUCGCCCCCCGCCCCGCCGAAUCUCCGACUCGCCAGCGCCGAGAAGGGGUUCGCCCCGGCACGAGGUGUCGACUGCAUCGGGCCCCACCGACCUUCGGCAACGAAGCGAGCGAGGAGGGGGGAGCGGGAAGUCAAAUUCUUGACGGGUUCAUUUUUCUCCCGAUCGCCGAUAUCGUCGUCCUAUCGGCAUAUUGCAAUGGCGAAUCCUCGUGGUGAUGUUAUUGGCCGAUGCCGCCAGCUAAAGGGGAUAGAGAUUUGUAACGAAAUCCCCUCUUCAGCUGCAAGGAAGUUGACCGGUUUCUCUCUGCUUGCGUAUCAUUGCUCACAAUAUCCCCCAUUUCUGAUAUCGAUUCGGACACUGCUACCGGUUGUAUAAUUCAGCUCUCCCCACCCAGGAAGGCCGCAGGAUUGAGCCACGUGCAAUUAAAAAAUAAACUAAAUGCGAGGCAUCACCUUUGGUCUGCCCCCCCCCAGCCCAUGCGAAAGACAUCGCUGCUCGCAGGAGAGGGUUUAUUCUUUCUGAACUUUUUAACGUGGCAAAUGUCGCAGCAUUGAUGAGCGUUAUUUUUUUUGUACCUAGGCUUCGUUUUUUUCUCCUGCCUUUUCUCUUGUCUGCCUCUCGCCAAGUCACUCCCUAUGAUUGUAAACUUUGAUUAUAUAUGUCACGUAUAAGGUACACGCUUCGUUUUUUCAAGAGUUUAAAUUUUAUCCUUUUUUUUGUUUGUGCCUGUUUAAGCAUGAAUUACGUAGACCUGAAUCCCCCCCACCCCACUCCUGGAGUGAAGAAGGUGUGGCUACUGAUGGUUAGGGGUCGAGGUUAAUGGAAGGGACCGGUCCAGUCUGUUGGUACUGGGUGGCAGUAGCAACCCCCCCCCCCCCCCCCCCCAUAAUCUUGAUGUGUGUUGUUAUUCUAUUUAGAGACGCGAUACCCACUCACUGUCACUGAUAUCAGUUGCCCCAAAGUAAGGUGUUGGUUUAGAAGCAAUAAUAUAGGCAUGUCCUCAAAGAGAGAAUUAAUCGCGAUGUAGGCAACAUGAAGAUUGUUGCUUAUAUUGAGCAUUCAAAGUCAAAAACCAAUUUCUCCAUAGGUUUAAUGAGCAUCGGGCAGCCCUAAGCCAAUUGUGCAGAUUCCACAUUCUGUGUGGUGAGGGGGGUGGAACCGGUCUUUGUUGAAACUCAUCGACCCUCGAGGGGGAUUUUAACUCGCGAGUUGGUUUCUCCGCUGCAUCAACACAUUUCCCCGUGGCGGGAGGACCGGCCGUCCAGUGCACCGCAGCGUUGAUAUCGCCCCCUUGAAAUCGGCACCGCUUCUGUGGACUGAGACGGUUGAUUCGCAGCAACCCGAGGUAUCGCGGUGUUCGUGUCGAGCACGAUGUCUGCUGCAGGCUGAGCGAGGGAUCUCUCUCCCAGCCGCGAGGUGCAAAGUUCUGAAUUCUGCAUUUCAUGCCCUCCUCACUUCUGUCCCGUGCGUGCGCUCCAAUCGAAAUUCCUUAUUCGGCACGGUAACGAUUCACCGGGCAAAGUUUCUUCGAUCACGACGCGUGUGCGUCGGAUCGUUACCGUCGAGAGCUGAAUAUUUUACGAUUCGUGCAGAGUGUGGAGAUCGCGGGCACGUGUGUGUUACGGUGAAGGCUAAUGGAGCAAGCGAGACUUUGGGGGGCUCGGCGCGGAGUGGCGCCCUGUUAUUCCAGCUGUUGCAAGAGAGACCUGGGGAAGUUGUCAUCACAUUUUUUGUGUCAAAUAUACUUAUUGAAAAUCGA